UGAUCAUUUACGGUUUGCUUGUAUGCUCUAGAUUGGUGUUUUUUGUAUGAUUAAUUUGUAUGAGAAAAUUGAUGUUAAACUUUUAUUUUGAAAGAAACUUGUUAAUGUAAAUUUUUUACUAGAAAAACCCACGGGUACCCAUGAACCCGCGGAUACCCAGCGGAUUGGAUUGGGUUUGAGUUUUUUAAAACCCAACGAGUUUUACCCCGGGUUUUUUUGCCGAUAAACCCAUGAGUUUGAGUUUGGGUUUGACAAAACCCGCCCCAACCCGACCCAUUGCCAUCCCUACCUCCAAUCCGGCAAAUUCCUCUCUCCAGUCACCUCCGAUUCCUCCCUCGAGGCACCUCUGACUGCUGCUUCUUGUCGAACAAUGUGUGGCGGUAGCUGGAGCCCUACUGGGUUCAUUUCAACAGAAACGACUACGAGAAUGGCUUCUAGGCUUCAACGACAAACCCCAAGUGUUUCUCAGUCCAACAACUUCAUCGUCGGUCCGAAAUACAAAAUUGCAAGGAUUCGAAUCCAAGAUGUCGUUGUGGUUCGUCGGGCCGCCCACCUUGAAGUCCAGCUUUUUCAAUCCAUGGGAAAUCGAGCUCUGGCGGCGCACGAUUCUGGAGCAGACCGGCGAGUUCGAAUUCGUGGCUCAGUGAACAGAGCUCGUCCGGUUUGAAUAGUUCUAGAUGGCAACGACGGAGGAGCUCGGUGAUACGUGGAGAGGCGGUGGCGGAGAUGGCAGGCAGUGGUGGGAGUCGGAGGCGGCGGUCUGGCUCUUCCCCUCCCUCAUCGCCGGUGAACCAUCAAAGAAAUAAAGGAGGAAGAAAGUCGGGACUUGGGAGGAAGAUGAUAUUUUGGGGAUUUAAUUUGAGAUCUGUUUAACAUAUAAUUUGGUUGGGUCGGUUAUUGGUUGGGCUGGGCUGAGUUGUGAUUACAUGGCGGGUCGGGUUUCAUCAUUUUCGGGUUAAAUUCGGAUGAUUAGAUUAUUUUGUUUGCCACAUCAGCACAAAACGGAUUUCACUAAUGGAGUUGGACGGAUACGAACGGAGAGUGACCAAACAUAGACCGUUUUACUAAUUCGAGUGACCAUCAUUGAAAUUAAAUAUUCUUAACACUUUUAGUAAACCCAAUGACCAAACUUGCAAUUUACCCAUUAUUUUAAAUUGAAAACAUUAGUACAUUUCAUAAAUUCCAUCUUCUUAUUCCGUGGAAUGGUCGGAUGGCAAACUCCCACAUUGAGUCGAUUAUGAAGAUGGUGAGUCCACCAGGUUGAAGAUUGAGACCAAAUUCACGUGACAAGAUUUCUAUGACAUUUGUGUAGACCGAAUUUGUAUGAGAGUGGGGGCAGAUGAGGGUCUGUAAAAUUAUUUACUGAUAUCCAAACAUCAAUGGAGGUGGUGUCAUGUACGAAGAAGUUGUCACAUAUGACAAUGAUUGAGUUAACAUGAUAUUGCACUUCCUAUUAAAAACAAGAUCGUGCUUGCAGAGGUGUAUGUUGAGACCGAUGAUAUCAGCCAAAAUGGAGCUAGUUAUGACUUAUGGUGAUGGUGUUGCAGGAGUGUAGGAAUCGGGUAGUUGUUCAAACAACUAUGAAGAAAGUAGUUAUACAGGUAGCCAUGUGGGAGAUGGGGUACCAUGGGAAGAAACUUUCUGCUGAGCCCACCCCAUUUGUUAAGUAUGAUGGCGUUCGAUUGAGGAUGUGCCAACAAAUCAGAGGCACCUUGCACAACCAGCUCUCGUGAUCUUCGGGGUGUAUGGGAUGAUGCAUCUCUUACAUAGAUUGUGGAUAUGGGUCCCCUCAUCUACAAUCAUCAAACAAUUGUAAUUAGUACUAUAUAUAUUCACUCUAGUCGUCACAUUUGAAAAUUGUAUGUAUGCAGUUAUGAUGGUUACCUGAUUCUACCAAGACUUGUCAAACAUCUCACAGUAAUACUAUAGUCUAUAGAGAGUGCUCAAGUUGAUGGUCAUUUGUGUUUACUCCAACCCACCUUGAAAAUAAACGUAAGCAUGUAAGAACCUUAAAACAUAAUAGUUAUCAAAUGCAUACUAAAAAAGUUUAAAAUGUAAUAGCCAUAAAAAUACAUACUCAAAAUGUUGGAGGUAAUAUAAAAUUACUUAGCACCAUAAGGGGCAUUACCUGUGGUUCGUUAUGCGCCCAAUUGUCUGGUUUGCACGUGGUGUGAAAAUCGAAAUAUGCUCCCGUGCCCAAAGUUAAAGGCGGAAUAUAGCACCAUCGAUUUGUUUUGUAGUCAAUUUUGAACAAUCACAUAGCUCUCAAUACAACAUUUCUAAACAAGUUGAUCCUAGCUCUUCGUCCAUAUCACGUCCCACGUCCCACUCACUGAGCAGCAACAAAGCUACAUGUCAUUUAUCCACCUAUUUGCCUAGUUCGGAAACAUCACUUUACCAACCAAGGCAAUAGGAUAAACACGGGCAUAUCGC